ACAUGACGUAUACAUCUCAGAAUUUGGCGCGAGGUAGUUUCAUGCUUGAAGAGUGUAGGCGCAGUUCGAACAGGAAACAACGACUAAUCCCACUGUUUUGAGGACUGUAAUUAAUACUUGAUCAUAUGGUCUGUCUCCUUUAGAGAAAAUAAGUGGAAAAAGCCCCUAAAGAUGUCAGUGGCAGUGGAAACUACAAUGUCCAGGAUGCCUCUCCCUAUCCCCAUCCACUUCUCCCAAGCAGAGCAAUCCUUCUCCCUCAAAAAGCGCAGAUAUCCUUGCUCCUCUUCAUCCACUUCCAAUUCAUCAUACUCUUCUCCUGCCCGACUCUCCCACUCUCUGCCCCCACUGCCGCCAUCCAAGGGAUGCCCCCCUCUGAGCAGGAUGUUCCCACAGCAUCCAUCCCCUUUUACACCUUUAUCUUGUUCCCUUAGUAAGUCUCCCCCUCCUAAUUCUGAGUAUGAUCCAAGCAAGCAGCAGUCUUACUUCAGUCAGUGCUUCACCAAUCUGGGCCUGCUGGGAAGAGGAUCGUUUGGAGAGGUCUUCAAGGUGCAAAACAACAAGGACGGCCGCCAGUAUGCAGUCAAGCGCUCGGCUCAUCGCUUCAGAAGCAAAAGUGACAGGAACCGGAGUGUGAGGGAAGCCAGGAACCACGAGUGUCUAUGUCCUCACCCCCACAUCCUGGAUUUUGUGGCAGCCUGGGAGGAGCGUGGCCGUCUUUACAUUCAGACAGAGCUGUGUUGUACCAGCUUGCUCCUCCAUGCGGAGAAUCAGCCUGGCCCAGAUGAGCCUGCAGCCUGGGCGUACUUGUGCGACCUCCUCUCGGCGCUGCAUCACCUGCACUCUCAUGGUUUCGUGCAUCUGGACCUCAAGCCUGCCAAUGUCCUCAUGACCACCUCUGGACGUCUCAAGCUGGGGGACUUUGGGCUGCUGCUUGAGCUUAAAAAGAAGUGUCCAGAGCCACGAGAGGGGAAAGGGAAGGAGGACGCCCAGGAGGGAGAUGCUAGAUACAUGGCACCUGAGCUGCUCCAUGGGGAGUAUGGACCUGCUGCAGAUAUAUUUAGUUUGGGUGUUUCUAUUCUGGAGCUUGCCUGUAACAUUGAGGUUCCAAAUGGUGGAGAGGGCUGGCAGCAGCUUAGAAAAGGCUGCCUCCCUUCAGAGUUUACCAGUGGACUGUCAGCUGAGCUUCAGACAGUUCUCAGGAUGAUGCUGGCGCCAGAUCCAUCUGACAGGCCGACCGUCUUUGAGCUCCUCGCUCUCCCCCCUGUCUGGAAACACAGGUGGAAGAGACGCAUUUACCUCAUGGUGGCUGAGACUGUGCUGACACUGGUCUCUCUCUGCCAGUCGGUUGUGUGCUUUGGCUGUAGACUCUUGUCCUCUCUUCCCACUCCUCCCUUUCUUCCGCACUGGAACAAGCCAAUACCCUGCACUCCUCCAAAGGACGUCUGGGACAGGGAUCUAACUCUGCCCCUCAGUGCCAUGUACGCUGACUCAGGAAGCCCAGAGGACGAUGCAGUGUUUCUGUUGGAUUCCACAGAUGCUGAAUUUUCUCCAAACCUCUCACACAGGCUGACAUCCAGGCUGUCUGUAGAAAGCACAUCCACUCCUCUCCCAGUGUCAUUGAUGAACAGCCGCCUCAGUCCGACCCACACACCAACUCACUCAAAUGCGAGCGAUUGGUUCUCCUGCAACUUAGCACUAACACCCUCCAGCAUUCACUCCAAUGGUUCCUGCCGCACUCUGACACCCAGCGUGAGCCCCAUACACGGCAGGAUUCACACACACAGCAUGAAUGAAAACUCCACACACAGCCAACACACUUCAUCCAUCAGGUCCUCACAGAGACGAGGACGCACCUGGGUCCGGACUGACGAGUCUCUUUCUCGAUCAAACAUUGAACCAAAGAACCUGCUCAGCCUGUUUGAGGAAACAACGCUGGAGGGAGAGCCAUAGGUUUACACUAAGGGGCCAGAGUUUUUCACUUGAAGAUGUCGAGUGACGCUGCCUAAUGCAUGUAUUCACUGAGUUUACCGCUUCUGCCAUUCUCUUACAGUUCUACAAAUGUGUCUUCUAAUGUGUAUUUUGAGGGAAAAAAGAUUGAGGGAAAAGGGUUUCAUGGUGUAAUCAGACCUUUAAGCACUUUUUAUGUUAAUGUAAAUGCAAUCUGUUGCUGAAAUGACAAGUCAUGAUGUGUUGUGAGAUAAGUUAUCAUUAUCUUGGUGUACUCCUUUACCUAAUGAGUUAGAUAUAAUAAAAUGAGGAGCGAACCAGAA